GUGGUGCUAGAAGCAACUGAAAACAGCCGAGCGAUCUCCUCUCCCUCUCCCUCUCCGAUCCAUUCUCCAGCGCAGCGAAGUAAACAUGUCUGACCGGGCAAAGAUGUCGUGGCAGGCGUACGUGGACGAGCACCUGAUGUGCGAGAUCGAGGGCCACCACCUCGCGGCGGCGGCCAUCGUCGGCCACGACGGUGCCGCCUGGGCGCAGAGCACGGCGUUCCCCGAGUUCAAGACCGAGGACAUGGCCAACAUCAUGAAGGACUUCGACGAGCCAGGGCACCUCGCGCCGACAGGCCUGUUCCUCGGACCUACCAAGUACAUGGUCAUCCAAGGCGAGCCUGGUGCCGUCAUCCGUGGCAAGAAGGGAUCAGGAGGCAUCACCGUGAAGAAGACAGGGCAGGCACUCGUGGUUGGCAUCUACGACGAGCCGAUGACGCCUGGGCAGUGCAACAUGGUGGUGGAAAGGCUGGGCGACUACCUGCUUGAACAGGGCAUGUAACUACUACGUACCAGCUGGAAUGCAUGUCGACGACGAUGGUUUCGAGUUUCGACUUCCAAUAAUAGUAACAACAAAGCAAAGGCCUUCCUCCCGGCGUAUUUGCUUUGGCUCUUCUCCUCCACGCCAUAAGAUAUCUAGCAAUUGGUGACUCGCCUUAAUUAGUUCGCUUUGCUUUUGAGGUUGACUCGACCAUUUUGCUGUAGCGUGAAUUGCAUGGACAUGCAACGCUCCAAUGGCCUUUGGAAUGUGGAAUUUUUUUUUCCCGUUUCUGUAUUUUUCCUAUAAAAUGAAGUAAUGAACUGGUUCUUAUAUAAUUCCUCUCAAA